AGAGAGAGAGGGAUAGAGUAUCGAGACCUGGCUUGCUCUGCAGGAAACCCACUGCUCGUCAAUUAGGCCGAGCAUUUUCUCAGAAAUUUGAGAGCUUCUCUCCUUUUCUUCAUCAAGCCUCCGUCUCUGCUCGUCUUUAGGGCUUCUUCCCUUCCCACUUACUCACUCGAGUGACUAUCGGGUUCCGAUCCGUGGUGAGAUCAGCAUGGCGCCUGCUCCGAACAGCUCCGGCGGCAACGCCCCUCGCGAGGAGGCCUCCCUCAAGGUCCCGGUCAAGGACCCUAAGAAGAAAGACGAGAAGAAAGAUGAGGAUUUGUCAGAGGAGGAUUUGGCCUUGAAGCAGCAGCUGGAGUUGUAUGUGGAACGAGUUCAGGAUCCCGAUCCGGGGUUGCAGAAGGCUGCUCUUGAAAGCAUGAGGCACGAAAUUCGAACCUCAACCAGUUCAAUGACAUCUGUUCCAAAGCCAUUGAAGUUUCUUCGUCCUCAUUAUGGAACUUUAAAAGCAUACUAUGAAACAAUGGCUGAAUCAGAUCUAAAGAGAUACCUUGCUGACAUACUCUCAGUUUUGGCAUUGACCAUGUCUGCAGAGGGAGAGCGGGAGAGCUUAAAGUACAGGCUGUUGGGUUCAGAAGGUGAUAUUGGAUCUUGGGGCCAUGAGUAUGUAAGGAAUCUAGCAGGAGAAAUUGCACAAGAGUAUUCUAAGCGACAGAGUGAAGAGGCUCCAAUUGAUGAUCUGAUGGAGCUGGUGCAACAAAUUGUGGCUUUCCAUAUGAAGCACAAUGCUGAACCCGAAGCUGUUGAUCUUUUAAUGGAGGUUGAGGACCUUGAUAUGCUAAUGGAGCAUGUGGACAGUACAAACUUUAAGAGAACUUGUCUGUACCUCACCAGUGCUGCAAGAUACCUUCCUGGACCUGAUGAUGUCUCCGUUUUAGAUAUAGCUUAUAUGAUAUAUCGCAAGUUUGAAGAAUAUGCCAAUGCCCUGCAGAUUGCACUUUUCCUGGAUAACAUGCAGUAUGUGAAGCAGGUGUUUACAUCCUGUGACGAUUUGCUCCGGAAGAAGCAAUUCUGCUACAUCCUUGCUAGACAUGGUAUCACCUUUGAGCUCAAUGAAGGGAUGGUUUCAGAUGAUGGCGAUAGGGAGGCAUUGCAAGAGAUCAUCAAUAAUUCUAAAUUGAGUGAAGGUUAUCUUACUCUUGCUCGUGAUAUAGAGGUUAUGGAGCCCAAAUCUCCUGAAGAUAUUUACAAGGCGCACUUGCUUGACGGCCGGGCUAGUGCUAGUGCAAGUGUUGAUUCUGCGAGACAAAAUCUGGCUGCUACAUUUGUAAAUGCAUUUGUGAAUGCUGGCUUUGGGCAGGAUAAAUUAAUGACAGUACAAUCAGACUCCUCAUCGAGUGGUGGGUCUUCAGCAAACUGGCUUUUCAAAAAUAAGGAACAUGGGAAGGCUAGUGCUGCUGCUAGUCUGGGAAUGAUUUUGCUUUGGGAUGUUGACUCUGGGCUAGCUCAACUCGAUAAGUACUUCCACGGUACAGAUAUGCAAGUCCUUGCUGGUGCCCUAUUGGGUGUUGGGAUAGUCAAUUGCAAUAUCAAGAAUGAAUGUGAUCCAGCACUUGCACUGUUAGGUGAUUAUGUGGAUAGAGAAGAUGCAUCUGUUCGGAUUGGUGCAAUAAUGGGCCUGGGACUUGCAUAUGCUGGUGCUCAAAAUAAUGAGGUACGUGCCAAAUUGUCUCCAAUCCUUGAUGGAAAAGCAUCCCUGGAUGUCGUUGCAUUCACUGCCAUCUCUCUGGGCUUGAUAUACGUCGGUUCCUGCAAUGAAGAGGUGGCUAAUUCAAUAAUAUUUGCCCUAAUGGAUCGUAGCGAGUCAGAACUUGGAGAACCUCUGGCUCGUCUUCUGCCUCUAGGUCUUGGCCUCCUGUAUCUUGGCAAGCAGGAUGCUGUUGAAGCCACAGCUGAAGUUUCAAAGACAUUCAAUGAAAAGAUCCGAAAGCAUUGUGAUAUGACCUUGCUGUCCUGUGCCUAUGCUGGAACAGGAAAUGUUCUUAAGGUCCAAAAUUUACUGGGACAUUGUGCACAACAUCUUGAUAAAGGGGAAACUCACCAAGGACCUGCUGUCCUUGGGAUUGCCAUGGUGGCAAUGGCUGAAGAACUAGGCCUUGAGAUGGCAAUUCGUUCGUUGGAACACCUCCUGCAGUAUGGAGAACAAAACAUCCGCCGUGCAGUUCCUCUGGCUCUCGGGCUUCUCUGUAUUUCAAAUCCUAAGGUCAAUGUUAUGGAUACAUUAAGCAGGCUUAGCCAUGACACAGAUUCAGAAGUGGCCAUGGCGGCAGUAAUUUCUUUGGGUUUGAUCGGCGGGGGAACCAACAAUGCCCGAAUUGCUGGGAUGCUUCGCAACCUCUCAAGCUAUUACUAUAAGGAUGCGAGCCUCCUAUUCUGCGUACGAAUUGCCCAGGGUCUCGUGCACCUGGGUAAGGGAUUGUUGACUCUCAAUCCUUACCAUUCGGAGCGAUUCUUGCUCUCACCGACGGCGCUUGCUGGUAUAGUGACAAUGCUAUACGCAUGCCUCGACAUGAAAGCUAUCAUCUUGCAGAAAUAUCAUUAUGUCCUCUACUUCUUGGUUCUGGCAAUGCAGCCCAGGAUGUUGAUGACUGUGGAUGAAAAUUUGAGACCCUUGUCAGUGCCUGUACGGGUGGGUCAAGCUGUGGAUGUUGUCGGGCAGGCUGGUCGCCCCAAGACAAUCACGGGUUUCCAGACGCACUCGACCCCUGUCCUUCUGGCUGCUGGUGAUAGGGCUGAAUUGGCUACCGAGAAGUACAUCCCACUGUCUCCCAUUCUCGAAGGUUUUGUCAUCUUAAAGGAGAACCCAGAAUACACAGAAGAUCGCUAAGCCAGUUCCAUCUUGACGCCAAAUUCUGAAUGGCCAAGGGAGUCGAGCUUCAAGUGAGUCGAACCUCGUCGUCUUUCCAUCUUGGAGAAAGACCACUGAUUCCCUGGUAGUGCAGUUUGAAGUGAUUCUCUGACACUAGGGGCUCCUAUAAAAGCUGGUUAAUUCAUUCGGUGGGGUUCGGUUUUUUGAGUGAGGCAUUUUCUGUUUGAACACGAUAGGGAAAAGGAAACAGAACCGCCCAGGUUUGUCGUAGUAGCUUUUGAUAUAUGACGAGCGACUGGUUUAUAAGUGAAAGAAAUGUCUGAUUUUUCUGUACUUGCCAGUGCAGUCAGUACGAGGAGCAAAAGUCCUUGCUUAUUCAUGUUUAUA